AUGACGCCCUUGCACUUCAUGUUAGCUCAGCCGGCAGUCCCAGCUUGUCACACUGACCCAGACCCAGAGACUGAUGUUGACCAGCGGGACCACGAGGAGGUGUCCCAAACUGUAUCCCAACUCACCCCCCGGUCCAUGACAUGCUCCCACCAGGGACACAACCGUAGUUCUUCCAACUUCAUUGAGGAUGUCAUUACUACCUGCCGACGCACAAUUCUUAAGGCAGUGAGUGGCAAAUUUCGAGCUGGGGAGCUGACGGCCAUCCUCGGCCCUUCUGGAGCAGGCAAAUCUACUCUGAUGAAUAUCCUCGUCGGAUACGUAUCUGCUGGAGUGUCUGGCACUAUCAAGACUAAUGGUCAUCCUAGGCAACUGAAAUUUUUCAACAAGCUGUCCAGCUAUAUCAUGCAGGAGGAUCUAAUUCAGCCCUUCCUCACAGUGCAAGAGGCCAUGGAAGUUGCAGCAAACCUCAAGCUCGGUGACGAAUUGAAGUUUACAGAGAAACAGUUGGUUAUUGAAGAAGUCCUUAAUACUCUUGGAUUGAUAUCAUGCCGCAACACACGGACUGAAUGUCUGUCAGGCGGACAGAGGAAACGUCUGUCUAUUGCUCUCGAACUGGUCAAUAAUCCUCCAGUUAUCUUCUUGGAUGAACCUACAACGGGCCUGGACAUAGUUGCAAUAAAGCAAUGCAUAUCGAUGUUAAAGUUGCUGGCUCGGCAGGGUCGUACAAUCAUCUGUACAAUACAUCAACCUACUGCAUCACACUUCCAGGUCUUUGACCAGGUGUACGUUCUUGCGAAAGGACAGUGUGUAUACCAAGGUGCUUCGCAACAACUUGUUCCUUUUAUGUCUUCAGUGGGGCUUCACUGCCCUAAGCAUUACAAUCCAGCAGACUAUGUGAUGGAAAUGAUUCAGGGUGAAUAUGUGGAGAAUGUGAAAAUAAUGUCAGCUGAAAUCCAAAAUGGAAAGCUAAGCAAGAAGCUGGAUCUAUCUGUCACUACAGGAGAAAAUGUUUCAUAUUCAGACAGCUUGAAAACGAUCACAAAAAUCUGUCAAAAAGAAACUGUUGCUGUAAUGCCGGCAGUCUUCACUCAUUCCUUAAUGGAUUCUAAAGAUAUUAAUACAGAAUAUGAAUUCCCUACCUCAUGUUUGCAGCAGUUUUGCAUCUUGGUAGGACGACUGUUCUUGCAGCAGAAACGAAACCGUGUUUCUUUAGGUAUACAGCUGUUUCACCAUCUAUUCUCAGCUGUGCUGAUCGGUGGAAUAUUCCUUCAGAUUGGUGAUGAUGCAAAAAGACCUUUUGCCAAUGUGAAAUUCUGCUUGAGUGUGCUUGUGUUCUUCCUCUACACACACAUCAUGACACCUGUUCUCCUGUUUCCUACUGCUGUUAAACUUCUGAAGAGAGAAUAUUUUAACAGGUGGUAUGGUCUAAAGGCUUAUUAUAUGGCCAUCACUGUUGCCUCUAUGCCACCAAUGUUGUGUUUUGGGAUGAUAUUCUGUAUGGUAUCAUACCUGCUGUCAUCACAACCAUUAGAGCCAAGUCGCUUUAUUUGGUUCUGUGCUGCUAGCUUAUCUGUGGGACUUGUUGCUGAGGGCCAUGGUAUAAUUGUUGGUUCAGUCUUCAGUGUAAUGAAUGGUUCAAUUGUGGCACCAGCCUCUUUCUCCCCACUGCUUGCGUUGGCUGUGUAUGGGAUGGGGCACGGGGAAGCCAUAGAGGGCAGCAUGUCAUUUCUCAUGGGUCUGAGUUAUCUACGAUAUGGACUUACAGCCAUUGCAGACUCACUAUAUGGACACAGUCGUCCCUCUAUGAGCUGUCUUGAUAGUGAAUUUGAGUAUUGUCAUUACAAAGAUCCCAAAUUAAUACUCAGAGAUCUGGGUAUGGCUGACACUACAACACUGGGACAGAUUGCAGCACUAAUUUCAUUUGCUUUGGUGUACCGGUUUGUGGCAUACUUAGCACUUCGGUACAGACUUACCUCAGAGUUUUCUAACCAAGUAUUGAACUAUAUAGCUAAGAUACUGAGGCACAAGUGAAACCUCUUUCUUUUACUAACCUGCAAGUUGUGUAUUUUAGGGUGGUCAGAUUAUUGGUUCUGACGAAUUCUGAUGCAAUGAAAUGGUUAUAAAUAUUGCAAUCUAUUUUUGAGAUUGAGGUUCUCAGACCAGUGUCUGAAGAAGUACAAUCUUCUGAGCUGUGUUUGUGUGCAGCCUGACAGUAGUUUACUGAAUUUUUGUAAGAUUUUACUGCUUUCAUUGUCAGAGAAGAAGAGAAAACAGGCCAAGCAUGCAGCAAGCAGAAUGUUUGCACAGCUUACAAUUCAAUCCUACAUAUGGAAGCACUAUGUUCCUCUAAAAUGCAGGAAAACUUAUACCAGACUACACAGCAUCACAGGCCAGACAGUAGCACUUUUAAAUGUAUGUGUAUUCCACUGUUUUGAUGCUGGAGAGGCAUUUACUUGUCAAAUUCAUUUGCAGAGUAUGAAGUCUGUAUGAAGAUUACAGAUUUAAGAAAUUGAGCAAUCAGUGUACAUUAUGACUGAUAAAAUAUGUCACUGAAUGAGAAGACUGCUGUGCAGAUUUAUAGUAUUGAUUGCUGGAUAUUCAUUACAGAAUGUUUGAUAUAAGAUAAAAUCAUGAUCUAGAAGAAAGGGCGACAGUAUAUGAGGAUGAAAACGGAUCCUGACCCCCAGGCUGCUCAAAGAAUUAUACUGCUCUAUAGACCUUAAAUACAAAUCUUGAAAAUUUUCUACAAAGAAAUAUAGUCAGUCAGUAGUAUACUUCAUGAAAGCAUAUGAUAUCUCUGCACUGCUUCCUCUAACAAAGAAGAGAAUGAUGACUUAAUGUCAUCCGCAGGGAAAUUCUUUUUCAUCACAGUAUCUGAAAGUAGAAGUCAGAAGAAAUUAAAGUUUACAUUACAUGUAAUUAAAUAUUGAUUUUAAAGGGUUCUGAUGAUGGAUGGGUAACAACAGUCCAGAAAACCAGUAAUUCUGAAAUAUUUUUUUUUUCCUCAAAAUACUUAGAAAGAUCAGAAGACCUUAAAAUUCAAUCCUGUACUUCAAAAAAUUUGAAUGGUGAUUUGAAAUGCACCCACAGAGGUGGAAACUAAUAAUUCUGCAGCUCCAUAGCAAUCUCUGCUAUUGUAAAUGCUUAGUAUUGUAUACAGAAUAUUUCAUAGCAAGUCUGUGUAUUCUCAGUUCAUUUCACAGUAGGAAACAGGAUGUUAGACAGAAUCCUGAGAGGAGAAAAAAAAAGUUGUAUUAAAUAUCCAUCUUUCUUUUAUUUUGUAGAGUGUAAUUAAAUGGCACUCCUACAUGAAGAGGUUUGGCUACUACCACUAUUACUCUGGUCAUGUCAACUGAUUCACAAGUACAAAGAGCCAUUUAUGUGUGACAAAGGAUAAUCAAAGUCUCAUGGCAGAAGUCUGUAUGAGCAAAACUUUCAGAAGCUUGCCCAAACCAACAUGAUGUACAUCUGAAAAAACAAGGAACACACUUGUUUUGGGAGUUGGUAUAGCUAUUGAUGUUUGGUAUUCUCCAUGGUCGUCUAUUUUCUUUGGUAAUAUUUGCCACCAUUAUGCCAGGUAACAUAGAAUUUAACUGAAUGUAGUUGUAAUCAAUGUGUAGGUUAUGUCUUUGUAUUAUUUUGUUUCACUAUCAUAUUGCUUCACAUCAUAAUUAUGCAGAAAGUAGUAUUCAUUUUAUCAACUGUGGUGUUUGUGUUGUAUUCUGUUGUGUUUGAUUUAAUAAUUUAAUAACAGUACACAGAAAACUGUGCAGGAUAUGCAGUAAGAUAUAUGUCAGGCAAAAUCUAAAGAUAUUAUGUUUUCUGCCUUUCAAGAUGUUUUCCUAUCUUAUAUAACAACAAACAAAUUAAAUUGAUGUAUUAAAACGUUGUUUUCAGUAACUGAAUGUGUCUUAUAUAUAUAUAUAUAUAUAUAUAUAUAUAUGUGUAAAUCAUUAUUUAAUGAAGUUAGAGGGGUGGGGGGCAAGACCAACUGAAUAGAUGCAAAACUUUAUAUAAAAUUAAUUUUCUUCAUUUCGGACAUCCUUUCUUUCAUCAUUCUUUAUUAGAUGAAAGAAUACACACGCACACCUACAUAGGUAUAUAUGUUUCAUCCAGAGAACAAAAUGUGUAAAUCUAUUGUAUGCAGACAAGAACAAUGUAUAAAAAAAGAAUCUUAUGUUGUUACUUGGUUGUUAUUAAUGCUUAGAAUAACACAAUAUUGGUGUGUUGUAUUUUAUUCAUUAUACUCUACCAAUAUGGUAUUCAGUGCAGAAUUGUACAUAAGGGCAAUCAUUAUUUAGUCUUUAAAAUACAAUAACCAACUGAUUAUUUAUAAAGAACAAAAAACAAUCUCACCUUCCCAUAUUCCUUGACUGUUUUUUGCAGAUUGUGUCCAGUUUCAGUAGUUCAUUUGUUGCCAUUUAUACAUCACCUCUUCCAUUCAUACUUCAGUUAGGAGUUAAUGUACAUUGAUUCUAAAAAUUGUGGCAACUUCUUCAGACAUUUUUCACCUGCAAUUCACAAAACUUGCUUUUGUGCCACCAUAAUAUUACAUGUUUCCUGAAAAUACUUCAACUCUUAUAAUGCUCAAUGCAUUAGAUUAUAAUAAAAUUAAUGUCACCUGCCAGGCCUAAUGUAUGCAGUGAAGUUUUAAUGUUGUGGCAGUAAGUUAAUGAGGAGGAACAGAAUUCUUCCAAUUAUAGUAUAAAUAGAAAAAACAUUGCUGCAAUCUAUUAUGUACUACUUAUUGCUUCACAGUAUUUUUAAAUAUGGAAGUUUCCUCUUGUUCCCUCUUUGUUUUCUGCAUUCUUUUCCAUUGUUCUGUGUAAUUAUUGUAACUAGAUAAAAUAUUGUGUUGUGAGCAGAAUUCUCAUUUUCAACACUUCUUAUUUACAGGGAAGAAUAAUAAAGUUAAUUUAAUGUUGCAGCCA